GGUCGCGGCAAUCGUGGGGCUUUACUCCUCGGAAAGAAAUGUCACUUGCCAGGAAAGAGACUGCGGGUGUAGAACUCGGUGCGAGUAACCAGUAAUGGUGGGGAGGGGUGCGGACAUCCCGUGGCGGACGGAUAUGCCACUUCCUGCGGCAAACAGCCCGCCAAAUCUCGAUCGCAUAUAAGAGCCGCGCGGAAACCAGUUGGGCUAAUUAGUGUACCGCAUCCACACGCUGGCACCUCUGCCCAGAAGCUUCGACGCCAUCAUGAACAGGACCUGGUGCCUCGCUCUGCUCUUCCUCGGCUUCAUUGCACUGGCCGAGUCGAUGCCCUCCUGUCCAGACUGCGUCGAGGUCGACUGCCCCGAGGAAGAAGACUGCGCCUAUGGAGUCACGAGCGACAUGUGCGGCUGCUGCAGGGUCUGCGCCAGCGGACCUGGCGAAGAGUGCGGUGGCUACUGGAAUCACGGAGGUACCUGUGCCGAAGGACUCACCUGCAAACCCAACCUGAUGUUUUACCAACUACCCGGACAGUGCGUGAACAACAAGUGAACACCCAAGCCAUGCCGAACGCAGUGACGAGAUUCCAGCACGCACAAGACACAGUGCGAUGGACAUUGUCUGUAAUGCUACAUGUGACAAAGACAACAUUGCACGACGUUACGCCACCACAUUACAUUCCUAAAGACGCGAAAUCAAGUAUAGUUGCUGUAGGGAUUUGUACACAGUUGUUCGCCAUCCAGGCACCUGAGAGUACAGCUAAGGCGAUCAAUUCCACGAUACAUUCUGCUUUACAGACUCAGUGGGGACGAAAACCACAGUUCAUCAACCAUGUGUGAUAUAUUCAUGCUUCACACCAACAGUCGUCAUGGAAUGAUGUCGUUUUAUGCACGUGGCUGUGCAACAAAUAUCUGCUCUGUGAGCAUUAUGCAUGUGUUGAACUUGGCUUGCCAUAACUCUUUAAACAGUAUUUUGCAUGCUAGUUCGACUUUGACACCACGUUAACACUUUCCCGCCUAUGUAUGGUUGAGCGUUUAUUGCAGUUACAUCACCAACUAUACAGCUUGCUGCGUAAGUUUUCGGGACGGGGAAGCCGCGAACAGGUGAAAUUGCUUGCACCCUACGAGACUGCAAACAGAAAUUGAGGCGUGCACUCUUCCCUAAUGUUUGCGCUCUGCAUUUUUCUACUUAAUUACUUUAUCUUAAUAUUUCUACUUUUCUUGUGCAGGUCGCAGAGUUUCAUAUUCUUUUUUGGCUACUUUGAUCAGAAAACCUUAUGCGCCGGUGCUGUCAGAUAUUCAAACUUGGUCAUGAGGCAGCUUUAAAGUUCUGAUGGCGACGAAACGCCCCAGCCCGCUCAAGAACGCGGACAUGUACAUAGAAGAAGGGAGGGGGGGUAAGCUAAGAAAAUAUGCACACGACGCCAAUAAAAAAUUAUGCAAACUUUAUGUGGGCUAUCAGACGUUGUCAUAACGAAACCAUAACGAAGACUUAAUUAAAAUUAACUUGCAGCGGUGGACACUUCCUGUCAGGGCUAGUAAUCGACUCGCUGUACGCGCUAUGCAUGAACCUGGCAUUAAGUGGCGGUUGCCGCCAGCUUGGUCGAGGUCAACGAAUGCAGCAGUGUUAUACUAACACGCUGGUGCGACGUUAAAUGCACUAUACGAUCCUUUGCUGUCUGUAAAUUGGCUGUAGCACACGUUUGCAAGGUUUUUCCAUGGCAGUACCAAAAAGGGGGUACCCAGAGUUCUAAACCUAAAAGGUCUGAAGCUGCACCCGGUGAUACGAUUUCUCGUGGUGAUCGCACUAAAUUAAGCUGACUCGUUCAAGGUGAACCAUUUUAAGAAUUUUUUUUUUUUCAAACAGCAAUGACUUGCGCACCUGAUAAGACAAAACCUCUCGCGCUAAGUCGAUGCUAAAACGGAGUGAAACACAACAGCAAUCAUAUUUCAUACUUAAUUUAUUGCACAUCUUUUCAGCCCAUCGUAACUUAACGCUUAUUUAUGUGUAAAUAUACAAUUGCUUGCCUGAAAAUGACAGAUGUACGCCAGACGCCGACACAUUAUCACUAGAAUUACUGCACAGUUCACUUCAAAAGCACAGGAUGUGGCUGAGCUUGCAAAAAGCAGUUACGUUUUUCCAUGCUACUAGCUACUGUGUGCAUCAGUUGGGCACUGGGUACACAUAUUAUCGGCCCCGUUGUGCAUGCUAAUGCUCCUAUGUACUCUUCUAUGCAUAUAUGUGUGUAACCUUGCAUAUGUAUGUGUGGCCUGAACAUGAAUAAAGCCCUGAA